AUGUGCCUUUUCAAGAUUUGCAUCACCGUUAGGCCUAAGUGCAGGCACAAGCAGCACAGAUCCAGGCGUCACUCCAGCCAUCGGCAUCCCGACCUGUCAGGGAGAGAUCGCUGCUACGAACGCUCAUACCGGGACUGGGAGGAUGAGAAAGAGGUUGUCGAACAUGACGAAGGUAACGAUUCCGGCAUCGAGAUUAUCCAAGAACAAGAGUGUUUGCUUGAAGAGGCCCGGGCAAAGCGCUACCAGAGGCGAAGCAAAUAUACCGACUCUGAUAAGAAGCGAGACCGCAAGCAUGAGAAAAGAGUAACUUGGGAGGAUGAAGAAUAUGCCGACGAGAAGCCCGCACAGCGGGGAACUCCUGGCUUGCCGGCAGCUAACUCAGGAAUCGCCAGGCUGGAGGGAAACUGGAACAACCGCAACUCGGGCUACUCCGGCAACCGCUGCACUUGCUGCGGCCACUGUAGCUAUUACCGUACUUCGUACGUCGCCCCUGAUACCCGUCCCAGCUGGCCAGGCAUCCCCGAGCUUGACGACCCCCGUGAGCCACUGCCCGCGACCCGGCCUCCUCCUCCUUAUACGUCGUCACACUGA